AUGAAGCCACUUUUAUCGCUGGUAGCAUGCUGCUUGAUGGCUGUUUCUCUUGUAGCUUGUGCUCUCAAUCAAGAAGGUGCCAGUAACGCAACAUUACAGACAUUCAGACAGCCAAAGAAGAUUGCUUUUAGUGUCUUUAGUGGUGGUUCUUCUCAUGCAAAUUGGGUUCUUUCCAUUAUAGAGGAGCUUUCCAAGAGAGGCCAUAUUACUACUUUUCUGACAAAGGAUGGCCACGAAAAGUUUGGAAAGAACUUUCCCUCGAUAGAAACUGUGUCCAUGGGCGAUGAUACCAAAAACAACAAUGCGUUCAAGCUGUUAUCCGAGAAUAUCAGACAAGCGACGCUGGCAAGUACAAGUGUGAAUUUUAUAAAAGUGAUGGGAGCCACGUUUGAAGAAGACUAUCAAACUACUCUGGAGUUUUUCAAGUCAAGACAAAUCGACGUCGCUGUCUGCGAUCACUUUUGUAUCAGCUGUCAAGAGGCCAGCACUACACUUCAAAUCCCCUUUCUCAUCACAAACAGUCUUGCUGUAACGCCUGACACAGAAGCACCGUACAUCAACAGCGACGAUUUGCUCAUGCGAGCCCCAACCAGCCUCGAAAUGACAUUUAGCGAGCGUGUUUAUAAGCAUUUGAUUGAACCUGUCGAGAUAUUUCUCAAGACGUACACGCUCAUUCAGGAACAAAAGCAACGGUACCUUUCUUUGGGUAUCAAAGAUCCAGUGUACCCGCACGAAGAGAGAUGGAAGAAUUCUAUAAAAAUGUUCAAUACUGCAUUCGGCUUUGAGCCAGCGAGGCCUUUGGGGCCCUUGGUUGAGUUUAUAGGCCCCAUCAUUCCGAAAACGGCGGCCAGUGCACUGUCAAACGAGUUGGAACAGUUUCUCAUCAGUCAUCAGCGUGUGGCGUACAUUGCAUUUGGACAACAUGCCGUAUCUACCGAAAGUGAGAUCACUGUCCUACUGGCUGGGCUGCUAGAAGCAUACGAAGCAGGUGAUAUUGAUGGCAUUAUUUGGUCAACACGAGGUUUGGAUGGUAUCUUUCCUGUUAGAUUAACCACAGAAUCCAACACUACGUAUGCCAUUCAAGAGCUUAUGAAACAAGAAGCGACUGAUGAUAUUGUAUUCCUCAAUUGGGCGCCUCAGACAGCCAUUCUCGAACAUCCAUCGACCGUUGUAUUUGUCACACACGCUGGGGCCGGUUCAUGGCAUGAAGGAUUGCACGCCGGCAAGCGUCUGGUCUUUUUCCCAUUCUUUGCUGAUCAACCUGUGAAUUCGUUGAUGGGAGAAAAAUUUGGUAUGGGUCUCAAGGUCAACUAUAAAGACACUCGACAAGAGGCUGCCAGAGUAAUACAGCGGGUGGCUAGGGAUGAAGACGGUUCUUUCCAAGCAAGCGUCAAUCGAUUCCAGGCAUUGGUUCAGAUCAAGAGUAAAGCAGGUGUUGGUAAGGGUGCUGACCUGGUGGAGGAAGUUGCUUUUAUGCAUCAAGACACUCUUCUCCAUCACCGCAGAGAUGUCAAGCGCGACCUAUCUUUUAUCAAGGCUCACAAUAUGGAUGUUUAUGCAUUUGGUUUUGUAAUAGCUUGUUUGCCGUUAUUUGCAGCCAUGUUCUCAUUGAGCGCCUACUUUAAGAGGUAUACUUUGCAUGUGAAAGUCAAAAUGCAGUAA